AUGUCUUUUCCGGCUUUCGGUGUUGAUUUAAACCCCGAUGGCGUAUCCAGGUUUUCUAGUGCUCCUCCGAGUACUUUGACUAGUCUCACUGAUUCCGAUGUGGAUGAUAUGGCGGCUCAGUUGGGUGUCGUGGAUAUGGUUGCUGGGGUAGAAGGUGUAGAGUUUCCUCCUGGUACCAGUCAAGUCAAAUGGGCCAGCGGUAUAGUUACUAUGGAGCCUUGGAUUACGCCUAUUGGUCAAGAUGGUCCGGAUGUUUUGGGUGUGCGGUCUAUGGCCUCCGCUCCGGAUAUAUCCCAAAUUGAGUCUAAAGACUCUUUUGUGUAUAUCUUCGAUAUUCGUGAUUUGUGUAAGAACGUCGACGAUCCGGAUUUGGAGGAUCGCACUACGGUAGUUCAGCUUAUCAAGGAUAAGAUAUCCCGUGGUAUUCCGGUUCUGGUCAGAGGAUUUCCUCUUCCUUCCAUCGAAUGGGAUUUCUCCUCUGUAAAUCGUAUGAAGGGUUCUUUGCUUAAUCCCGUUUCUAUUCAAGAGGCUCGACUUCGUAUGGCUUCAGAAACUUAUACCAAGAGUCCUGUUGCCGAUCUCCACUUGGAAUUGAAACUGGGCGAUUUUAUAGCCGCCGCCACUGAGCCAGAUUCUGAGGAUAGUCCGAAGAUGUGUGGCAACUUAUUAGACAGCUAUUCUGUUGAUUGGUCAGCAAUGCCUUGGGUUAUCGCGGACAUAAACGAGCAAGCUACCGCGGUUUAUCAAAACCGGCGGGACUGGCAUAUUCGACUCAAUAAGAAUGCUAAAGGAAAGGAAAUAGCCGAGCCCGAGACCUUUAGUGGGCCGCAGAGUAUGCAUCCUGAUGGCUGGCAACUGCAGAUGUGGGACCUGUUCACUCACGGUGGAUUUUUCACUCGCAUUCAUCAUGAUGCGGCCGGCGCCGGUACUUGGAUGGCUAUAAGGGUGGGAGGGAAAAUGUGGACUUUGGUGGACGUUUCUCAGCAGGGCAUUCGAUCUCGGGACCGUCUUGUGGAUCGGUUCUACCAUGCUACGGAUCUCUUUACAGGAACUCCCAGUCAACCUGUGCCUCAUAAGGCCGUCACUGUUUGUUUGCAACGUGGUGAUAUUCUUAUCCAGCCGCCCAAUAUUAUGCAUUGUGUUUACACUCCGGUGAAGAGUAUCGCGACCGGGGGCCAUUUUUACAUGUAUUCUUCUAUGCAUCUUACGGAAUUUGGCUGUCGGGUGGACCAUCGCAAGGGUGGAUGGACUACUAACCAGGUUCAUCCCGGUGCUUCUCGUCUCAUGAUCAAUAUGGCCCUGGCUCUCCCUAACUUUUCCGACAAGCCGAUGCUCAAAAUUCCUUUUCUGGGUUUAGCUCGCCUUAUCUUGGAUAGAGACGCUUAUGAGCCAAGCCUUGAUGGUGUUGGUACAGCUCGGUAUUAUCCUCAAGACAUUCAACAUCGGGAGGAGUUGGGAGAGUUGGACAAGGCGAAGAAGAUCAUCCAGGCUGUAUUGGAAGCUAACAAUAUUCCUCUGUCUCAGGUCGACAUUCUUCUGCAGUCUCUGGGACGUGAUUACAAAGAUCCCGGUGAUGAGCAGGUGGACUUGUCCUGUCUUCGAGAGUGGGACACUAUCCGUGUGGAUGAAGAUUAUCGUCAGGUUUUGAAGGACGUGGUUUGGUUUGAGCAGCAGAAGGUAUCUGCUGCGGCAGCCUCUGGGGCUGGUAAAGUCGCUCGUCAGCGGUUGAGGGAGGCUAUCCAGCUUGAGAAGCAUUCUAUUCGUGGAAAGAGUUCCAACAACUAG